GCAGGCCAAGGUCGGCCAUCUUCACCCAGACUGCUUGAUUCCGUCUUCACGACAACGCUGAGGUUUUUUACCUUGUACACCUUGUUUUGUCAAAACAAGCCGUUUAUUAGCUAAUGUUUAAUAACCGCUGCGUAAUAAACGCUGUUUAUAUGCGACGGAACAGAUUUGCACGUGAAGUUGGAAGGUUGAAGCUGUGCUAACAGCUAACUGGAUUACAUGCUGUUUCUUGUUUGCUGGCAGAUGUUUAGCCUUUUUUGGCAAUUAGUUUUGAACAGAUGAAUCCUCCAUGAUUAAGCUUAACGUGAGAGUUUAAUAUGAGGAAGUUACCUCUAUUAGGGAAUAUUUAAAUGACGUUAUAGCUUUGCAAUGUUGCGAUAGAUGCACUUCCGCCGCUGUUGUAUAUUGUGUCAUAUCUAAUGCGUUAGCUUUGCGAUAUAGAAAAAUCUUUCCGAUAUCCAAUAAUCAUCAAUGUUUUGAUAGACGGAAAUGUAGCGCGUGCUGCUGGUGCAGUCUGACGUCAUGGUGAAAAUCAGCUCGUGCCGCAAGUCUACCCCGGACACACACAUCAAAACAGAGCCGUGUCCUGUAGAAGUGACCGCAAAUAACGUGGACCCAGACAAACAGCACCUCUAUUCAUGUAAUGGAGCUAAAGACUUGGUUUCUGAUAACAGCUCCUCAGAGCUUGACCAGGUAAAGCAGGAGCCAGGCCACUCUGAAACAGACUUCAUGCACCCAGGGAGCAGAAAUGUCCAGCCUCAGUCCACAGACUCCAGAGUGUCCACAAAGACCGAGCCGGAGUGUGCUCCAGUACAUCUGAGCUUUGGUGUAAAAACCGAGCCUGACAUCCAUGAUGUGGUCAAUUUCCCCUUGAAGGAGGAGGAGGAGGAGGAAGAAGAGGAUGUGGAUAUCAAGCUUGAGACUGCAGAAGAGGAGAGUGGUCUAGGACAGGACGGAGAAGCAGGCCAAGAGUCUUUCUUUUCCUGCCCUUACUGCGCUGUGUCCUUCACUGAUGCUUCGUACCUUGAGAAGCACCUCAAAUGGACCCAUCGGAGUAAUUACCUUGUUUGGCUAAAAACUCAGAAAGCACCACAGUGCAUUAAAAUAUCCUCCCAGAUGCUCAGCUGCUCUUCUUGCAACCAUCACUUCUUCACCCAGGAGCAGCUGAAGGUGCAUAUGCGGCGAGCUCACCUUCCCACGCCUGCACCGACCCGCAAACGCUACACAUGUCCACAGUGCGACCGUAGCUUCGAUUACGUCGGCAACUUGCAGAACCACUGCCGUCGAUGCCACAAUUUGUCCACCGUGUGUACUGACGGAGAGCUGAGCUGCGCUUCAUGUGGCAAAAGCUUUGCAGGAAUGUGGGGCCUCGGACCGCAUCAGUGCCACAAGUUAGAAGAACACAAACCGCAAGUAGUCGGAGACGAAACGCUUUGUACUGACCGCGGCUAUCUCUGUAAACACUGUGGAAAGAACUGUGCUACGCUGCAGUGUUUAACCAUACACACGCGCACACAUACAGGCGAGAAGCCAUAUAUCUGCACUGACUGUGGGAGUGGCUUCAAAGAGAUGGGCAGCUUGCGCAAGCACAUGGUCAUCCACACUGGCGUCAAGCCGUACUCCUGCCCCGAGUGUGAGAAGAGCUUUGCUCGAAUGAGCCACCUGAGCACACACCUGCGCACACACACCGGCGAGAGGCCGUACCCGUGCCCCGAGUGUGGUAUGAGGUUCAGUCACAGGUCAACACUGCGUCUGCAUCGCCGCGUCCACUCCGGAGAAAAGCCGUUCUCUUGUGUGGAUUGCGAGAAAACGUUUGCGACAUUGAGUAACCUGAAAGUGCACCUCCUGACCCACAACCAGGAGAGGAUCCACAAGUGUACCGAGUGCAGGAAGACGUUUUCCCGACCCGACGUGCUGAAGAAACACCUCCGAAUUCACAACGGUGAGAGGCCGUACGUGUGCACCGUCUGCAGCAAGAGAUUCAAUCGCAUCCAGCACCUCACCAACCACCAACGCACACACACAGGCGAGAGGCCGUACCGCUGUGAAGAGUGCGGUGCAAGCUUCGCACAGUCUGGCGAUCUGACCAAACAUGUGCGCGGGCACACAGGGGAAAAGCCCUACGCGUGUCCGGAGUGCAACCGCUGCUACAGUAAUUCUGGAGACCUGGGCAAGCACAGACGUACUCACACUGGCCACAGGCCUUACAGGUGUCAGCAGUGUGACAAGGCAUUCCUCAUGCCUCAGCAUCUGAAAACGCAUAUUCUCACACACACUGGCGAGAGGCCGCAUAUCUGCCCAAAGUGUCCGCGCACCUUUAUACGAGCGCACCACCUCACCCAGCACCUGAAUACACACCAUGUCUAGUGUCUUAGAUACGAUAUAACUAAUUUAAAGCUUUUACUUGCGUUUUUAAAACGAGUACUAUUUGUACAUGGUUCCGCCUUUUUGAAAUAGCUUCUGAAAUCUGAGUAAGUAGUAAUAAAUGAUAUUUCAUUGUCAUUACACUGACCCACAUCCUUCAUAGCUUUUGUAAAGCCAACUAUACAACAUUAAGCUUUUAAUUAAAAAGUUUUUUUUUUUCUCUAGCCAUUUCCUGUCUUUCAAUCCAAUAAUAGGAAUGCAGAUUAUUACGGCUGGUGAGAUUUAUAGGCACAUUAUCCAUAAGGUUUAUUUGAAGCACAUUAGCCAGACCAAAGUGUGUGUGUGUGUGUGUGUGUGUGUGUGUGUGUGUGUAUGCUAAGGCAAUAAAGAAAUUUUAAAGUGUAAUUUGAGGUGUAACCCAAACUGAAUGGCACUGUAGAUAAAAGCUAAAACAGACACACCACCAUUGUAGUAUGGAGAAUAACGACAGUAGUGUGGUUGUCAUGUUGUAACCCCUGAUGACACUUGCCACUUUAAAACAGUUAAUAAAAUUUUUUCUUUUCGAAUCUG